CUUCUGCACCUCGGCCAUCACGCCUCCGAGCAACGUCGACCCGAUCACCGGUAAGAAGAGUAUCAGAGUCAGUUCCGGGCUUCCGUCCGUCACCGUCACGGACAAGGAGUUGCCGGGUUUGGGACUAAAAUCCUCCGACUUCAUCAAAAUGAUCUGAGCUAAGUCUGAUUAAAAUCUCAGUGGAGGAAGAAGAGGAUGUGAAAAAUGACAAUACAAAGCAACUGACAUUUUCUCUCUCUCUCUCUUUUUUUUUCUGCAAAAAGGGUAAAAGAACACUGGAGUAUUGUAUUUUCUUGUCCAACCUCCCAAAAAUCCAGAGCAACUUAACUUUCUCGCCAAAACAAGCUAUGAAUCCAGUGCAUGCAUUGGUAUCCUCAUAUUUGCUAUCCUCAAUUCCCAAAAAACCCUGUCUCUUUGACAGAAAGAGUGAAAGCAAUGGACUUAAACUCACACAAAUUUGAUAUUAUCUUCAACAUUUCUCCCUCGUAGCCAAAACCCAUUUCUCAAUUCUCAUAGAAACUUGGGUGAUUCAUGCUGAGCUAUGUCCAACUUCAAUAUGCAGAACGAAAAUCCUUCCUUUUUCAAGAUCUUAUCGGCUAGCGACUUUGCAUCGGUUCUACGUUUACCACCUUUGUUUGGCAAGAUUUUUGGGGAGAAGCUGUCGUCCACGCCCUCACUCGCCAUGGCUGGUUCUUGGAAAUCAUGGACUGUGAAGCUUAAAAAAAGCAGCAAUCGUUACUUGUUUGCAGAUGGUUGGUCUGUUUUUGUGAAUGAUAACCAGUUAGAAAUUGGGAAUUUUGUUGUUUUCUGGUUGAUGGAUAAUUACUCUACUUUCCAUGUUCAACUCUAUGAUCGCACUUGCUGCGACAAAAGCCUAUCAUCUUCACGCUUCUUCCCUGGAUUUUCAGGUGAAAAUUCAAGCAAUCUUGGUCAGACUAUGAGUGUGAAGAAAGAAAGCGAGACAGAGGAUGAUAAAUCUCAGAUAUCGAUUGGCCCUUCCAAGACCACAACCAAUCCAAGCUUCGUCACCAUCCUUUCAGCAUCCACUGAUGAGGAAAUGAUAAUACCGAAAGGCUUCGUGGAAGAAACGGGGAUUGCAGGGAAGAGAAAUAUAACGCUCCUGGAUGCACGAGGAGAGAAAUGGGAGAUCAAAAUAAGCAAACAAGACGGCGAGUUUGUUAUGUGUGGCGGCAGAUGGGCCGAUUUCCGGAUAGCCAACAGGUUGUCCAAAGGAUAUGUCUGUACGUUUGAGCUGGUCGGAAGUCAUGGCGGCCAUCAUCAACUUCAAUUCCAUUUGGAGAAACGAGCAAGAGGACGACCGUUGGGCCGCCAUUCAAGACAAUAAGUAUGUUGGGUGGAGGCUGAUGAAAGACCAGUUAUGUUCACGACUGAGAAUCAAACUUAUAACAUUGUAGUUACAACAGUCUGAUCAACUUUACUAGGAUUGUAUUACCCUGUCUUUGAGUUGAUAAAUGAAGGA